AAGCCCCCUUCGCCUCAGUUUGAAUCGCGCCUCCACCCAUCCAGAUGGCCGAUCCCAACCACCGCCCGCCGCGGCCGCCCUCCUCCGCCGCCGGCAGCAGCCGCGACACCGGCUUCGUCCCCAGCGUCCUCGACCAUUUCUACACCGGCUACAGGUCUCUCGCCGCCGUCGGACGCUACACCGACAACACGGGCUCGGCGGCCUCGGCCCCAGACCCCUUCGCCGACACCGAUAUCCUGGCGAAUUACCUGAGAAUGAUCGAAAACAUCAGACGACCACCACCGGUGCGACCAGCGGGAGAUGCAGAGGGGCCCCCUACGCCGGGGCCGGGGUCGGAGACAGGCCUUGAUCGUCGUCAACCUAUGGAUACCAGCAAUGGGGGAGCGACGCCGACGGGUCACGGCCUCACGCAGGCGCAGAUGGUCGACUCCUCCUCCGCAGGUACCAACCCCGACGACGUCUCCCGUCGACCUGACACCAUCGGCAGCCAACGCGGCGCUACCGACACUACUGGAGCCCGUUUCGACGGCAACGACUUCCCGCCGCUUUCUGACCACAGCAUAAACCGCGCCGAUCCUUCCGCCUCCCCGUCGUCCUCCACUGCAGACACCGCACCGGCGAUGGGGGAAAGCAGGACGACGCUGGGGGAGCGGAAGACGAAGCUCUGUUUGUACGAGUUCUUCUUCUAUCCGAGGAGUGGUAUUUCUUGUGCUCAUGGCAGUCGAUGCAAGUACGCCCAUAACCUCCGGGAGUUGCGCGCGGUGACGCCGCCGAUCCACGACAUCCUCUACAAGGCGACCCUCUGCCCUACGCACAUGGCAGGCGCAUUCUGCGCCGCCUUUACCAACUGUCCAAUGGCGCACGGAGAAGAGGAGCUGAGAGUCAACCGCUUCUUCCCCAGGAUCCCCGACGACGUCCACGUCCCUCUUCCUCCGGCGGAGGAGCCCUCGUCCUCACCGACGUAUCUGAAGGAUCUGACCACGCCGCCGCACACGGACAAGCCCGCCUCCUCCUCCAACAAUGGCCUCCCCCCCUCACUACGACCUGACACCAUCGACAGCCAACGCGGUGCUACCGAUACUACUGGAGCCCGUUUCGACGACAACGACUUCCCGCCGCUUUCUGACGCCACCACCAGCAGCUCAAGCCGCGCCGGUCCCUCCUCCUCCUCGUCGUCGUCCUCCACUGCAGACACCGCACCGGCGAUGAGGGACCGCCGGACGACGCUGUGCAAAUUCUGGCGGGAGGAGAACAAGACAUGCACCAAAGGGGACGCGUGCAAGAACGCUCACGGCGGCGAGGAGCUCCGAGUUUUGCCCAUGGCCGAGGGGCCGCCGCGCCCGCGGCUGUGUCCAUUCUGGCGGGAGGAGAACAAGACAUGCACCAAAGGGAGCGCGUGCAAGAACGCUCACGGUGACGAGGAGCUCCGAGUUGUUCCCAGGGCCGAGGGGUGGCAGCCGAGUGGUCCGUGCAAAAUGUUCGCCAUUAAUGGAUGGUGCAGGUUCGGAGCCAACUGCUGGUACGACCAUGGCAACCAGGAGCUGCGCCCCGGAAGAAAUCCUUGAUCGUAGCAGCUAAUUACCAAGCCGAGCACGCAGAGAAGAAAUCCGUACGUCAAUGUGAUCAGGUUAGAGUCCGAAUCUGAAUCGGAUGACCACCGUUUUGUUUCUGGUCAGAAUGAGCCACUGUUCGUUUGUUUGUGUUCUGGCCAGAUGAACCUACUCUGGAACCCAUCUGAUUUGAUGAUCCGAGUCCUAAAGAACUUGAUGCAUUGACGAUCGAUACUACUGGUUGCUUGUUCUGAUAUCUGGAUUACAAUGCGCUUGCUGGUCCUGGCCAAAAUCAGUGAUGUGUUCGUUCUCAGCAUGAAACGAUUGCCUAGCGGGCUAGCGAUGUGUUUUUUAGGCAUGUUUAGCUCAUGAAAUUUUUUUAUUAUUACCAGAGAGGAGAGGGUCCCCACAUGAAUUACAUUGAACUUAAAAAAAGGGAAAUACAAACCACUGU